AUGGCAUUCACCACCAAGGCGACCAUCGCCUCCUUCGGCGGCCAGCUCCUCAAGCUCUCCCACGCCUCGAGCACCACAAAGACCGACAUGGCCUUGAACCUCUACCUGCCGCCCUCGUCCGCCAAGUCGCCCGUCCCGCUGCUCAUCUACCUCUCCGGCCUGACCUGCACGCCCGACAACGCCACGGAGAAGUCCUUCAUCCAGUCCACCGCCGCGGUGCGGGGCAUCGCCGUGCUCCUCCCCGACACGUCGCCCCGCGGCCUCGACAUCGCCGGCGCCAACGACGCCUACGACUUUGGCGAGGCGGCCUCCUUCUACAUCGACGCCCAAAAGGCGCCCUACGCCGACAACUACAAGAUGGAGACGUACCUCGUCCGCGAGCUGCCGGGCCUCCUCGAGAGGGACUUUGCCGACAGGAUCGACUUCCAGCGCGUCUCCAUCACGGGCCACUCCAUGGGCGGCCACGGCGCCCUGACCCUGUACCUCAAGCACCCGGGCCUGUACAAGAGCGUCAGCGCCUUUGCGCCCAUUGCCAACCCGAGCAGGUGCCCCUGGGGCGAGAAGGCCUUCAAGGGCUACCUCGGCGACGACGUCGACGAGUGGAAGAAGCACGAUGCCACCGAGCUCGUCAAGGGCUGGAAGGGCCCCCUGAACGCCCUCAUUGAUGUUGGCACGGGCGACAACUUUUACAAGCAGGGCCAGCUCCUCCCGGAGAACUUCGAGGCCGCCGUCAAGGAGGCGGGUCUGUCCGGUCUGGAGCUGCGCUACCAAAAGGACUACGACCACUCAUACUUCUUCAUGGCCUCUUUCCAGCACGACCACGUUAACCACGCCGCCAAGUUCCUCGGCGUGUAG